AAGAAAAUACAUACCAAUUUCCUUUUCUUACAGAAGAUGUAUAUAUAAAUGCCUCCACAUGAAUUAAAAGCAACAAACGCAGUAGUAAUCGUAAGUAAAGCUUUAAUCUCCACCCAUCCUUAGCUUCCUACCUUCCUUAGCUUGUUGUGUCUUUACCUUAAGGUGUUUCCACUUUCCACCACCAUCAUAUCAUGGAAUCCACUUCUGAAACUAAUCAACUGCUGCUACUUCCCUCAUCUUCCUCUUCCUCUUCACUUCCGCGCAGGCACUACUAUGAUGUCUUUUUGAGCUUUAGAGGUGAAGACACACGAAAGUCUUUUACAGAUCAUCUCUAUGCGGCGUUGUGCCGAGCUGGAGUUCACACUUUCAGAGAUGCAGAAGAGCUCCGUAAAGGAGAAGACAUCUCUACUGACCUCAUCAAAGCUAUUCCAGAAUCAAAGAUUUCCAUUAUCGUGUUUUCCAAAACUUUUGCCUCUUCCCGGUGGUGUCUUGAGGAGGUUGCAAAGAUAGUGGAGUGUAAAGAAAAGGGAAAUCAGGUAGUUUUUCCCAUAUUUUAUGAUGUUGAUCCUUCUGAGGUCCGAAAACAAACAGGUGGCUUUGCUGAUGCAUUCUCUCAACAUCAACAACGAUUCAAGCCCGAAAAAGUUAGCCAAUGGAAAACAGCUCUCACUAAGGUUGCGGAUUUUUCUGGGUGGAACUUACAGAACUAUGCUGACGGGUAUGAAUCAAAGUUUAUUGAUAAAAUAAUUGGAGAAGUGUUAUUGGAGGUAAACUGUACAUACAUGAAUGUUGCAAAACACCCGGUUGGGAUUGAUAUCCGAGCCAAAGAACUACUUUCAGUCUUGCAACUGGGAACGAAUGAUGAGGUUCGAAUGAUUGGAAUUUAUGGCAUGGGAGGUAUAGGGAAAACUACCCUUGCUAAAUCUGUAUACAACCAAACAUUUCAAAUGUUUGAGGGUAGUUGCUUCCUUGCAAAUGUUAGAUCAGAAGCCUCGGAGAAACAUGUUGGUCUAACUCAUUUACAGAAGAAACUUCUUUGCAAAACUCUCAGGAAAAAGAAAUUUCAAGUUGACAAUGUGGAUGAAGGAAUUAGUUUGAUAAAAGCGAGGCUGGGAUCAAAAAGGGUUCUUGUUGUUCUUGAUGAUGUAGACCAUAUAAGUCAAUUGGAAUCGCUUGCAGGAGAAAGGGACUGGUUUGGUUCAAGCAGUAGAGUCAUCAUAACAACUAGAGAUGCUCAUUUGUUGAGUGACCUUAGAACGGAUGAGAAGUAUGAGAUGCAAAGGUUAAGCUCAAAUGAAUCUCUGCAGCUCUUUAGUUGGCAUGCUUUUGGUUGUUUUCCACCCGCGAAAGGCUACAAUGUGCUAUCAGAAGGAAUUGUAAAUUAUGCUGCAGGCCUUCCGUUAGCACUUGUGGUUUUAGGCUCGCACUUCCGUGGAAGAUCAAAACAAGAAUGGAUAUAUGACUUCGAGAAAUUAAGACAAAUCCCCCAUGGCGAUGUUCAGAAAAUUCUUAGAAUAAGCUAUGAUUCACUUGAUGAUGACACUCACAAUAUCUUUCUAGAUAUUGCAUGUUUUUUCAUUGGAUCUGACAUACAAGAUGUUGUUCCCAUAUUGAAUGGUUGUGGUUUCUACGCUGAAAGUGGAAUUCAAACUUUGGUUGAUAGAAGCUUGUUAACAGUUUGUAAAGAUGGUGAGCUUCAGAUGCACGAUUUAAUUCGAGACAUGGGAAGAGAAGUUGUUCGAAUGGAAUCGCCCAGAGAUGUUGGGAAAAGAAGUCGAUUGUUUUUACCUGAUGACGUCUCUCAAGUUCUUCAAGAAAACAAGGGAACCGAAGCAAUUGAAGGAAUGAUUAUACAUUCUCAAAUGUUAAAGAAUGUGCAUUUUAGUACCAAAUUGUUCUCAAGGAUGGUUAAAUUAAGGAUACUCAAAAUUGAUGGUGAUUUGCAACUAAAAGGAUCUUUCAAGUACCUAUCCAAUGACCUUAGAUUGUUUUCUUGGCGAAAUUGCCAAUUAAGACACAUACCAUCUACUUUUCAUCUGCAGAAACUUGUUUGUUUAGAUUUGCAAGGUAGCGAUAUAGAGGAAUUUCAACCUCGUUUGCAGCAUUUUAGUUGUUUGAAGAUCUUAAAACUUGAUGGUUGCGGAAAACUGAAAACAGCCCCAGACUUCACCAGAGCACAAACUCUACAGAGGUUGUCCCUUACAUAUUGUUCUAAUUUGGUUGAAAUGCCAGAGUCAAUAGGGGAUUUGAAAAGCCUUGUGGAGUUAGAUUUAUCGUUUUGUUCUAAGCUGAGGAAACUGCCAAACAGCAUUUGCCAGUUGAAGGCCCUUGAGAAACUAAGCAUGUGGAGCUGUUCAGACAUCCAAUUGCCGACUGACUUGGGAAAAUUGGAGCGCCUAAGGGAGCUGGAUGUAAAUGUGAAUGCUUUUUCCCAUCUAUCAUUUUCUUGUGGAGACUUGUGUUCCUUGAAGAUUCUACGGGUCAACAACGACCAUGGGCACAAAGUUGGUCUUCCGCCAAUCUGUUUUGGGGGUUUAUCCUCAGUGGAAUAUGUGUACAUAAUUAGCAGUUACUGUCAUGUCUUGCCAUUUAACCUUUUUCAUCUUUCCAAUUUAAUCUCUCUCACAUUGAUUCACUGCACUAAUCUUAGAGUGGUCCAACAAUUCCCUCCUAGGCUAAAAGAACUCUUUAUGUAUGGUUGUAUCUCACUGGAAGUGCUGCCGGAUCUGUCAAACUUAACAAGACUCAACAUAUUGGAUCUUCAUGGAUGUGAAAGUUUGGUUCAGCUUCAAGGACUUGAGUUUCUUGAAUCUCUACAAGAAGUUGAUAUAAGGAAUUGCAGUGCUCUGAUUAAUUUUCCUUUGACUGAUGAAUUCUUCAAGGCUCAUUCUGAAGGUGAUAUUAUCGAGAUAUUCCUCACCCUCAAUGAAUUUCUAGAAUGGAAUAUCAGCCUUCUCCAAGGAGUUGGAUGUUCUUCAUCCACAGGUCUUCGAAUGCCAUUGCUUUUCGAGCAUGAGUUCAUAGGAAUGAUCUUUGGGUUUUUUGAUCAGGGAGCACACUCUGUAAUUAUCAAUAACAAAACUACAAAUGUUGAGUUGCUUGAAUAUUGGGCGAUGGGUGGUGGAUGGAAAGUUGAGGAUGGUGAUAUAUGGUUGAUAUACAUACCGAAACACCACUUUAGAGGCUCCAUAGAAUUUGGAGACAAACUGGAAGUGGUUGCAGAUACUCCUGAAAAGGGAUCAGACGAAGAACGAGAUGUGCUUCUUGAUACUCCUGAAAGAAAUCUGGCAUGCGAGUGCAAAAUUCAGCUAGGGAUAUAUCAGGACAAAGACGGGCAUCUGUUUUUCUUUCGUAUGAAUAGAAAUCUGGAGACGAAUGACAUAAGUGAAUGCACCACUUCGCCUAGAAGCUGUAAGUAUUCAUUGUCAUUCUCUAAUCAGGGAUCUGAUUUAGACGCAGACUAUGAUUCAAUAGGGGAAAUGGACACAUACUCUUGUGCCUAUGAUUCAACAGCAGAAAUAGACACAUACUCUUGUUCAAGUUAUACAGGUGAUCACAACAUUUCAUCCACUCCUGGUGUAUCUCGUUUUGAUGGUAGUUUGGCCACUUCUUCAUUUAACAAUGCCACUACUGUUGAAUUUUUGGAUAGUCCUGGGGUUGUUAGUUUUGAUGGUAAUUUGACUGUGUCGUCAUCCAGCAAUGCCACUCCUGUCGUGUUCUGUUCUGGUGAUAGUUUUGUUACUUCCUCAUCCAGCAUCACAACUCCCAGUGCAUUCAGUUUUGGUGGAAGUUCUAUUGCUUCCUUGUCCAGCAAUGCCACUCCCAGUGUAUUUAGUGGCAGUUGUAUUGCUUCCUCGUGCAGCAAAGCCACUGCUAGUUUCAGUGGCAACUCUAUUGCUUCCUCGCCCAGCAGUGCCACUCCCAGUGUUUACAGUUUUAAUGGUAAUUCUAUUGCUUCUUCAUCUUGCAACGCCACUCAGAGUGUAUUCAGUUUUGGUGGUUAUUCUACUGCUUCCUCAUCCAGUAGAAUUUGCAGUGUCCACACAGAUAUCUUGCCCAUUAGUGCUGGAGCAGGAUCAACAACUCCUCCUGCCUUGAGCUCUUCUUCCCCUUUGUCAACCGAGUUCACCUUUGGCGCACCAGCGCCAAUGAUUUUAGCCUCAAGAGGUCCCGGCUUUGCAUUUGGAUCAGCAUCAUCAACUUCCAAUUCCCGGACUGCAUUGGGAAAUUCUGUUUCCACCAUUGGACCAAGAAAUGGAAACAAUGGCUCAACAAGUAUGGAGGACAGCAUGGCUAAGGAGGAUGCAGUGCAGUCAUCUGCAACUGCAGAAGCUUCUGCAUCAUGCUGUUUCCCUUUCUCCCACUUCCUCUCUGUCUUGUUCAACACUUGCUUCUCCAGUCCAUUUCAAUCUGGUGUUGGUGGGCAGCAUAAUCAAUCUACACAGCAAAAUUCGUCUGCGUUUCAGGCAUCAGAUAAUCUGGAAAUCGGAGAUGGAAGGAGCUUCUCAUUAGGCAGUGGAGGCCACAGCAAAUCAGGUCUAAAGAUUGCAACAGUUAGAAGAAGUAAGAAAGGAAGGAAAGGUGAAGACACUCGAAAGUCCUUUACCGAUCAUCUCUUUGCAGCGUUGCGCCGAGUAGGAGUUUAUGCCUUCAAAGAUGCAGAAGAGCUCCAUAAAGGAGAGGACAUCUCCACUGACCUCAUUAAAGCAAUUCAAGAGUCAAUGAUUUCUAUCAUCGUGUUCUCCAAAACUUAUGCCUCCUCGCGGUGGUGUCUUGAGGAGGUUGUGAAGAUAGUGGAAUGUAAAGAAAAAGCAAAUCAGGUGGUUUUUCCCAUAUUCUAUGAUAUUGAUCCUUCUGAAGUGCGCAAACAAACCGGUGGGUUUGGUGACGCCUUAGCUCAACAUCAACAACAAUUUGGGACCAAAAAAGUUAGCCAAUGGAAAACAGCUUUGACUAAGGUUUCAAAUUUUUCUGGUUGGGAUUUACAAAAUGAUGCUGACGGGUAUGAAUCAAACUUUAUUGACAAAAUUAUAGGAAAGGUUCUACAAAUGGUGAACCGGACAUUUUUUGAUGUUGCAAAAUAUCCUGUUGGAAUUCAUACUCGGGUUAGCGAAAUACUUUCUUUAUUACAAAGUAAAUCAAAUGGUGAUGUUUGUAUGAUAGGGAUUUAUGGCAUGGGCGGGAUAGGAAAAACAACCUUAGCAAAAGCCAUAUUUAACCAAAUUUAUGAAACAUUUGAAGGUAGUUGCUUUCUUGAUGUUAGAUCAGAAUGUUCAAAGGGAGAGAGUUCAGGUUUAAAAUGUUUGCAAGAACAGCUUCUUUGUAAAACUCUCAAAACAAUGAGAUUUGAAGUUAACCAUGUUGAUGAAGGAAUUAGUUUAAUCAAAUUAAGACUUGGAUUAAAAAAGGUUCUCAUUGUUGUUGAUGAUGUAGAACAUAAGAGUCAAUUAGAGGCAUUAGUUGGAGAGAGAGAUUGGUUUGGUUCAGGUAGUACAAUUCUUAUUACGACUAGAAAUGUUGAUUUGUUGAAUGGCCUCGGAAAAGAUUGUGAGAAGUACAAUGUUACAAUGUUAAGUUUCAAGGAAUCUUUGGAACUCUUUAGUUGGCAUACUUUUAUGGACCCAAAUCCUUUGGAGGCUUUUGUAGAACUAUCAAACAUGAUAGUAAGGUAUGCAAAUGGACUUCCUUUAGCACUUAUUGUUCUAGGCUCACAUUUCCGGUCAAGAUCAUCAAUUCAACACUGGAGAGAUGACUUUAAGAAGUUGAGAAUGAUUCCUCAUGAAGAUAUUUUGAAUAUUCUCAAAAUUAGUUAUGAUGCACUUGACGGUGAUACUCAAAGAAUAUUCCUUGAUAUUGCUUGUUUUUUUGAGGGUGGAUAUAUCCGCAAAGAAGAGAUUGUUAUGAUAUUGAAUGCUUGUGGUUUCUUUGCUCAAAGUGGAAUUACAACUUUAAUUGAUAGAUGCUUGUUAAGGGGAAAAGAUUAUUAUAUGCAUGAUUUAAUUCGAGAUAUAGGAAGAGAAAUUGUUCGCCAAGAAUCUCUUAUGCUCCCUGAAAAAAGAAGUAGAUUGUUUUCAUGCGAUGAGGUUUUGGAUGUACUCGUGAACAACAAGCAUUUUAGAUGCUUGGAGAUCUUAAGGUUUGAUGGUUGCAAGCAACUUAAAGGAUCCCCAAAUUUUACUGGAGCACAGAAUCUAAAGACAUUGUCCUUCUCUUAUUGUUCAAAAUUGGUUGAAUUGUCACAAUCCAUUGGAGAUUUAGAAAACCUUGUUGAAUUAAAUAUGACUUGUUGCAAGAAUCUUAGAACGCUCCCCAAUAGUAUUUGCAACUUGAAGUCGCUUAAGUGUCUUGAUCUGGAAUGGUGCUACAAGAUUAAAAAGUUGCCUACUAACUUGGGAAAAUUAGAGCAACUAUGUGUGCUUAAUGCUAAAUGGACUUUGGUAUCACAUGUGCCUUUUUCUUGUGGAUCUAUGAGAUAUCUCUACUAUCUGACACUAGGGCAGCCCAUGUGUACCAAUGAGUAUGAGUAUAGGAGUGUGGUACCUAUUUCUUCAGAUGCUAAUUUAUGUUCAUUGGAAACUCUACAGGCUCCUUACCAGUCUAUGCAACAUUUAGAUGUUCAAAUGGGGAGUCUAUCAUUCUUGACAUUUCUAGAUCUAAGCAAUAGUUACUUCACUACCAUUCCCUUUAACCUUUCUCAUCUUUCUCAGCUAAAAGACUUAAUUUUGAACAAGUGUCAGAACCUUCAACUGAUUAAAGAUCUUCCACCUAACCUAGGUCGGCUCGUUGCAUACCGUUGUCCCUUGCUGGAGAAUAUACAAGAUGCAUCAGGGCUAUAUCGGUUGUCUCUUUCUAUCUACAAAAGUUUGAUUAUUGAGCCUCGAUGCAGUUUUGAAAAGCUCUGCCGUUUAGAUCUGUGUGAUAGUUACUUGGAUACCCUGCCCUUUAACCUUUCUCUUUUUUCUCAACUACGACGUCUCUGUUUGUAUAACUGCCAGAACCUUCGAGUGAUUCAAGAUCUGCCUUACUCAAGUUUAAACCAUUUGGGGAUUCAUAACUGCAGAAAUUUGGUUGAAGUUCAAGGCAUAGAGAAUUGUGUUAAUUUACGUUCAAUCAGCAUGUUAUAUUGUAGCACUCUAGCAAGUAAUUCUUGUGGUGCGAAGUUGUUCAAGGCAUUUUUACAAAACCCAAAUCUUCACGGGUUUAGAAUGUUUGUUUUAGAAGACAUGGUGCCAGAAGUGGUAGUUGGAUGUUCAUCAUCAAAUUACCCAUUGCCAUUGUUUCCGUCGAAAACAUGGAUACUUAUAGUUGUGAGGAUUUCAUGUUUGUUUAGUUGUAUGUGUUGUUUAACAUACAAAACCACAGAGGAGUUAUUUGAGCAUGUGGUCAACACAAGAAGGAAUAAGGUGUUGGAGUGGAGAGUAUAUGAUGAUUUUAUAGAAGCCAAUAAAGUGGAAGAAGUAAAGAUGGUUGUAGAGUUUUAUUCACCGCUGGAGCAAGGAGCUGAAGAGAAUUUGAGAAUUGAAACAUGUAUAGUUUAUGAAGAAGAGGGUGAGGUUUGCUUCUUUCCUGUGAACCCAAAUAAGAUCAUCAUAUUCCGCCCUGAUGAUGAUUCUGCACACACCCAGAGAGAUGUAUAUCCAAGGGUUAAUAUAACACUCACAAUUAACUCUCCAACAUCUGAUCCAAUACAGCAGCAGCGCAAUAGGCAAUAUGAAUUAAUUUUUCCUUUGACUGAUGAAUUCUUCGAGGCUCAUUCUGAAGGUGAUAUUAUCGAGAUAUUCCUCACCCUCAAUGAAUUUCUAGAAUGGAAUAUCAGCCUUCUCCAAGGAGUUGGAUGUUCUUCAUCCACAAGUCUUCGAAUGCCAUUGCUUUUCGAGCAUGAGUUCAUAGGAAUGAUCUUUGGUUUUUUUGAUCAGGGAGCUCACUCUGUAAUUAUCAAUAACAAAACUACAAAUGUUGAGUUGCUUGAAUAUUGGGCGAUGGGUGGUGGAUGGAAAGUUGAGGAUGGUGAUAUAUGGUUGAUAUACAUACCGAAACACCACUUUAGAGGCUCCAUAGAAUUUGGAGACAAACUGGAAGUGGUUGCAGAUACUCCUGAAAAGGGAUCAGACGAAGAACGAGAUGUGCUUCUUGAUACUCCUGAAAGAAAUCUGGCAUGCGAGUGCAAAAUUCAGCUAGGGAUAUAUCAGGACAAAGACGGGCAUCUGUUUUUCUUUCGUAUGAAUAGAAAUCUGGAGACGAAUGACAUAAGUGAAUGCACCACUUCGCCUAGAAGCUGUAAGUAUUCAUUGUCAUUCUCUAAUCAGGGAUCUGAUUUAGACGCAGACUAUGAUUCAAUAGGGGAAAUGGACACAUACUCUUGUGCCUAUGAUUCAACAGCAGAAAUAGACACAUACUCUUGUUCAAGUUAUACAGGUGAUCACAACAUUUCAUCCACUCCUGGUGUAUCUCGUUUUGAUGGUAGUUUGGCCACUUCUUCAUUUAACAAUGCCACUACUGUUGAAUUUUUGGAUAGUCCUGGGGUUGUUAGUUUUGAUGGUAAUUUGACUGUGUCGUCAUCCAGCAAUGCCACUCCUGUCGUGUUCUGUUCUGGUGAUAGUUUUGUUACUUCCUCAUCCAGCAUCACAACUCCCAGUGCAUUCAGUUUUGGUGGAAGUUCUAUUGCUUCCUUGUCCAGCAAUGCCACUCCCAGUGUAUUCAGUUGUAAUGGCAAGUCUAUUGCUUCCUCGCCCAGCAAUGUCACUCCCAGAGUUUACAAUUUCAGCGGUAAUUCUUUUGCUUCCUCAUCUAGCAAUGACAGUCCCAAUGAAUUCACUUCUGGUGGCAGUUCAGCCUCUUCCUUGUACAGCAAUGCCAUUCCCACUAUAUUCAGUUUUAGUGGCAACUCUAUUGUUUCAUCAUCUAGCAAUGCCACUCGGAAUGUAUUCAGUUUCAGUGGCAAUGAUUUUGCUUCCUCGUCUAGCAUCACCACUCCCAGUGUAUUCAGUUUUGGUGGCAGUUCAACUGCUUCCUUGUUCAGCAACGGCGCUCCCAGUGUAUUUAGUUUUAGUGGAAAUUCUAUUGCUUCCUGGCCCAGCAUUGCCAUUCCCAGUGUAUUUAGUGGCAGUUGUAUUGCUUCCUCGUGCAGCAAAGCCACUGCUAGUUUCAGUGCCGGUUAUGUUGCUUCCUCAUCUAGCAAUGCCGCCACUCCCAAUGUAUUCAGUUUUGGUGGCAACUCUAUUGCUUUCUCGGCCAGCAAUGCCACUUCCAGUGAUUACAGUUUUAAUGGUAAUUCUAUUGCUUCUUCAUCUUGCAACGUCACUCAGAGUGUAUUCAGUUUUGGUGGUUGUUCUACUGCUUCCUUGUACAGAAACACCGCCACUCGGAGUGUUUUCAGUUUUAGUGGCAAUUCUACUACUUCCUCCUCCAGCACCACCACUCCCACUGCAUUCAGUUUUGGUGGCGGCUCCAUUGCUUCCUCGUCCAACAAUGUCACUUCCAAUGCAUUCAGUUUUGGUUCAACUUCAAGAACUCCUGCCUUGAGUUCUUCUUCCCCUUUGUCAACCGAGUUCACCAUUGGCGCAGCAACGCCAUUGAUUUUUGUACCAUCUCCCGGCUUUGCAUUUGGAUCAGUAUCAUCAACUUCCAAUUCCCAGACUGCAUUGGGAAAUUCUGUUUCCACCAUUGGACCAAGAAAUGGAAACAAUGGCUCAACAGAUAUGGAGGACAGCAUGGUUGAGUCAUCUGCAACUGCAGAAGCUUCUGCAUCAUCAUGCUGUUUCCCUUUCUCCCACUUCCUCUCUGUCUUGUUCAACACUUGCUUCUCUAAUCCAUUUCAAUCUACACAGCAAAAUUCGUAUGUGUUUCAGGCAUCAGAUAAUCUGGAAAUCGGAGAUGGAAGGAGCUUCUCAUUAGGCAGUGGAGGACACAGCAAGUCGAGUCUAAAGAUUGCAACAGUUAGAAGAAGUAAGAAAGGAAGGAAGUGAAAGCAAUAAGCAAAGCCAUUGCUCCAAUUCUGUGUCGCCCUCCACUCGUCCUUACAGUUCCCAGGUUCCCACUCCAUUUGUACACUCUGUCCACAAGAAUGGAUCUUCAUCUCCUUUGUCCGGCUAAGGUUUUUCAAUAACCCCUUAAGUUUCCAGUCAGAUUUAGAGCAAGAUUUGAAAGUGAUUGGCUCUAUUCAUUCUUAAAUGGUUUAAUGUAACACACUUUGUGAAACUGCAUACAAUGGUGGAAACUACAGUCAUGCACAUAAAUUCAGGACAUUUUGAGAAAUC